UUGCACAUCGCUAUGUCAAAACAGCUGUCAGAAGUAAAAAUGGCGUUGUCGUGAACGCAAUAUGAGGCAACAACAUUCGGCUCUGAACGAUGAGGAAAUUGAGUCCACAUGCGCGUUAUAAAUAUUUAUGAAGAAACCAAAAAUCGACAACAGCAACAACAACCAGAACGAAAUAACACGAAACGAGAAUUAAAUUGAGCAAUCGAAGCAGCAGCAAAAAAAUAUGCCAAACACAAGAAGUGAACCCUCUUAAAUCAUUAGAUGGAACUGACUCAAAUGUGAAGCAGAUGUGUGGCAUUAGGUUAUAGCUUCCAAUUGUUUUCGAAAGUUUUGAAACUUUAAACCGAAACCGAACCAAAACAGAAACUGAAAUUAUACAAACCCAGUACCAUUCCAAGUCGUAACAUUUAGUAGAAAAGUAAUUAAGAAAAGACAAAUUCACAAGGAUUCGUGCAAUCUAUGCAUGAUAUUAGCAAGACUCAACUGGUUGGAUUAAGUGCAGCAGCUUCUGGAAUCCGUUGGAGAAGAGUCUACGACGUCUCCGUGCUGCGGUAACCAAAAUUCUCGUUUACAAAAUGUCACUGGCCGACAUGGGCACAGUAACACGAUCCGUUGGCGGCGGUGGCGGAGGAGUAGGAGGAUCUCGUCAUUAUGAUCUAAACAACGGUAGCGGCGGUGCAGCUCCCGGAAGUGGUUUGCCCGGCGGUCGCAUGACCCACUCGCUGAGCACACCCAGCGGUGUCGAUGGCACACCAUCAACGCCCAGACAUCGCGGUGGCAAAAAGCUGACUGUACGCAUACAAAUGCUGGAUGAUUCAAUUACUAUGUUUCAAGUUCAGGCCAAGGCUUUGGGUCGUGUGCUAUUUGAGCAAGCUUGCCGCCAAUUAAAUUUGCUGGAAGCGGACUAUUUUGGCUUGGAAUAUCAGGAAAUAUCCACACAUACCAAAUACUGGCUGGAUCUGGAGAAGCCCAUGAAUCGUCAGGUGGGUCUAUCCCUCAUCGAUCCCGUACUGCGAUUCUGUAUCAAGUUCUAUACGCCAGAUCCAGCACAGCUGGAAGAGGAGUAUACCAGAUAUCUAUUCUGUUUGCAAAUCAAACGUGACUUGGCAACGGGUAGCUUGCAAUGCAAUGAUAAUACCGCGGCGCUCAUGGCCAGCUACAUAGUGCAGGCAUCGUGUGGUGACUAUGUGCCCGAGGAUUAUCCUGAUCAUACAUAUUUGUCAUCGUAUCGCUUUGUGCCACACCAGGAUGCCACAAUGCAGCGCAAGAUUAUGGAGAAUCAUAAGAAGCACUUUGGCCAGUCACCGGCAGAGGCGGAUCUUAAUCUGCUGGAGACAGCACGUCGUUGUGAGCUGUAUGGCAUGAAAAUGCAUCCCGCCAAGGAUGUGGAGGGUGUACCACUAAAUCUAGCCGUUGCUCACAUGGGCAUUACCGUCUUUCAGAAUAUAACACGCAUCAAUACCUUCUCGUGGGCCAAAAUACGCAAAAUUUCAUUCAAACGUAAACGUUUUUUGGUCAAACUGCAUCCCGAGGGCUACGGAUAUUACAAGGAUACCGUAGAGUUCUUCUUUGAGGGCCGCAAUGAGUGCAAGAAUUUUUGGAAGAAAUGCGUCGAAAAUCACGGAUUCUUUCGCUGUACAGCCGUUCAGAGCACACCCAGACGCAAGACACGUGUUCUCUCACGCGGUAGCUCUUUCCGCUACAGCGGAAAAACACAGAAACAAAUAAUUGAAUUUGUCCGUGAGAACUAUGUGAAGCGUCAGAACUUUCAAAGGUCUCAGUCAUUCCGGCAAGGGCCAUUGAAUGCUAGUAGCCGAAGUCAGUCGCAUACGUAUGUGAAUUCCAGCAUUUCAGCCAAUCCCCUUCUCCCAAUUGACACUGCGACAUGGGAUUAUCGCAAUCAAUGCAACGACUCGAUGACCCCUUCUCUGACGAAGAAGGCAGCGGAUACCUUGGAUCGCCGACGAGACAAUCCUAUAGACCACAUGCGUUCUCAAGUCACAGCAGCCCAGGUGGAGAUCUAUCAGACGAAGAAUUAUGCAGCGGAAUCGCCAACCUCGCCGGAGGAAGCGGCUUGCUCGGCGGAACGUCAACACCACUCGGCAGUGGGUAUGGACCAAAUGAAUUCGAACCGCUCGCUUUCACCACAGGGUCCGCAAUCGUGGACUUCGCCCAGCCACAGCAGCAGCCUGCAGCGCGCUCCCGAUCAGGCUCGUGUGCAUCCAGGCGAUCACAAUUUAGGUCUGAGCCACUUGUCCCACUUGUACAGCAGCAGCACGCCUCGUCGAGUCUCAGUGGGAUCCCAAGUGUAUGUCCCUGUGUCGCCGCAGCUCAUCAGCAUCAACACCAACAAUCACACCCACAACAGCACUAUCAACAGCAGCACAGUGGGUCUUUCGGUGGAUCUCAACAGCUCCAUGGAAUUGGAGGAGCAGGAGGAGGAGCUGCUGGAGCCUGCGGAUUUGGAGGAGGAGGAGCCUAUGGGGGAGGAGGAGGAGGAGGAAUUAGUCGAGGAGGAAGCGGAUUCGGACUUGACAGCAUCUACCAUCAAUCGGGAGACUAUGGCGGCAGUCUCACCGGCCUCAGCCAUGGCCAUGGCCAAUGCCCGUCGUCAGCCGCUUCGGUCACAGGAGUCCCAAUCGCAAACUGUCACCCCAGUCCAUUAUAGCAGUACCAAUUAUUCGAUGUCUAAACAGUGUAUGCUUAACAAUGCCAAUGCCAACUCAACCGAAACCGAAACUGACAACAUCAUCUACACUGACAUUAACGAUAUGGGACACUACAAGUAUCCGGACUUUCACAGCGCUCAAAUGGAGCAUAAGAUUUCCAAUAGUGAACAUGUCAAUCUGAACGAUCGCAAUGAUAUAUAUGCUACAGUCAAUCGCAAGACCAAGUCAAAGACACGCGAGAAACACUUCAGCGAUGAGUUUAUCGAUCAGUCUAUACUCCAAUAUACCCGGGCCAAGCAAAUGGGCAUACAACCUUCUAUGCCCAUGCUUCAGCAGCCCAGUACAUCGGCAUAUGCUGCAGCUCAGGAGCGUAAUUAUAAUAGCUUAAACUAUCAAUAUCAUAACGAUCUCAACCAUCCUUCGGAGUCAUCUUCGUCAUCCUACUUUGGCACUGGCUUCGGUACCAAGCGCUAUGUUCAAAAUGAACGCACUAAACUCGCGCAAUCUGAGAACUAUUUGACACCAUCAAUAGAUUCGCAAAGCUCCAGGCAUACGCACUCAUUGCCGCGAAACUCAGAGCUCUCUGGGGUCGACUCGGUGGACUCGUAUGAUAGUCAUUAUAUUACACAUCAUCCGAGACGAAGCUCAGCGGAGAAACAGGAGUAUCAAAUGGCUACCGGGAAUCUAUAUUCCACAGCGCAGUUUGUCAAACCGGAGCAGGCAGCUGUUCAUUAUAUGGACGAUGAUGAGGAGCACGAUGGGGAGGAUGAUGGGGAAGGUGAAAACAUCUACGAUCAGGUAGAGCGUGAGUCUUGGCUCAAGAGCAGCUCCUGCAAGGAUCUAUUUGAACGAUAUAGCAGCGUUUAUUAUGAUCGCGAACAACCCAAGCCCAUGACAGCUUUCGAUAAAGAGUUUCUCUCGUCAAAUCGCAUAGAUUCUCCAGUAACACGUUAUGAUGAUUCCCGGCAUUCCUUGUACUUUGUCAAGAAUCAUUCAAUAGAUGCGCAACAGGGCUUUUCUCCACUGCCACACAGCAAGGUGUACUCAUCCAGCUAUCCGGGCAGCACGUACAACAACCAAGAUCAGAAACGACAUUAUGGACAGCAGUUAGACUUUACAGGGUCACAGGAUGACAUAUCGCAGGAUAGUUACGAGCUGCUGGAGAAGUAUGAUAUUGAUUUCUUUAGCGGACGACGUCGUUCCGAAGAUCACAUGCGUUCCUGUUCCCUGGACUCUGGUAAUUAUAUACCCAGUGACGAUGAAUCUGUCUCAGAGCAACCCAAGUAUCGAUCGGCCAUUGACGUUAAGUCCAAGUCGGCUGCUGAUAUUAUGAACGAAAUCUGGGAUGCGGAAGAUCCACGAUAUUUGCCACGUGAGAAACUUUCUGUCAAAUCAGAUGGAAAUUUCUAUAAGAAGAUUCAGGAGGCUCUUACGCGUACAUCUAGUCAAGAGAGUCCAAGUGAAAUGUUUGAGACGAAAAUCUCUCGUAGCUCGGACUCGAGUAAGAAAUCCCGUGACAGUCUUUAUCAUACUGACAGCAAGAAGUCCAGAGAAACAACCAAAAGCAAGACAUCGGUUGCCUCCAGUCAGGAUUCUAAAGAGUCUCUGGUUGGUGAUUGCUUUGGACGCAACUAUGAAAUGCCGACGACAACCUGCAAAAAGGUCAAGCAAUUUAACAAGAAGGAACUCUACGAAAAGUUUGCACAAUCCAGUCAGGAUUCAAAGAGCGAUUACUAUGAUGCUGUGGAGCCAGUGCCAGAUGCCGAAGGUCUUUACACACGACCAAAGGUCAAAAGUCAUGACUGUUUGCUCUCGGACACGCAUAGUUCGACAGCUAAUAGCUCUUUCUAUGAUAGCCGGGAUACAUAUUCCACAUUUCCGAGCAAUAAAACGCAUAAAACAUCCAAGGUGCACUCGAUUAGUUUACAAAAUGUAGAAAUUGAGCGCAAUGCAAAAUCAUUUGGCAAUAAAUCUCCGGAAUCGGUCUCCACGCCCGCUUCUGGUAUUCGUUGUAAGGAGAAAGAUAUACAAACUGGAGACUCCAUCGAUCAAACGGUACCUAUUAAGAAGUCCAACUCGCAAUCAUGCAAAAUCUCUGCUUUUCGUCGUCGAUCAGAUAGUGAAAACAUAUUCAGUUUUGAUCAGGAUCGAAUUGAAUGCAUUCAGAAGUACACCAAGCAAUGGGAGGGUCAGCCCAAGGAUGAGAAGUCCAAACAAAGUCCAGAAUAUCCAUUGACUCCCGAACUUGUCUCUGAAUUUGAGAAACAACAGGCGCGUGUAGCGCAUCAGAAGAUCACGCGCAAGGAGGAACUCAUGGCCAAGACACACUUUGAGGAAUACAAUCCCAUAAUGGUGCCGCUUAACUAUUCCCAUGCAACGGUAGAACGCACCAAAAGCGAUCCCAACUCGUUGGCAAAUCGCGCUCGCCUUGGCAGCAACUCACGCCGUCAUGUUCUCAUGCAUCAGAAAUCCAUAGACCUCACACCAGCUGAUUCAAGUGACGAGGACUACAUCUAUAAGCAAAUUCCAAGUGCACCGCCAUUGUGCAAGGCUCACGGUAAUUUCGAAAUACCCAAAUGUUAUGAUGGCCAGCCGGCAUCUCAAGUGGAUAUACCAAAGACAGGUUUUGAACUGCCCAAGAGCUUCUUCCGCGACUAUGAGCGACGAUUCACCAAGGUGCUAAAGGAGGAUAUACCAUACGUACUGCACAAGCGUCACAUUAUGAAUGGUACAGCGCCUUCUCCAGGGGCCAAGGGACACAACAAGCCAAAGUCCCCGAAAUCACCAAAAUCUCCAAAGUCUCCUAAAUCACCAAAGUCUCCAAAGUCGCCAAAGGCAAGUGCAUUGACCGGGCCCGGUCCAGCUGACUUUUUGCCAGAUAUCCUUGACAGUCUGUUGCCAGCAGAAACCAAGGAGUUUCUAUUUACUCAAAACAUUGAUCUAUCUAAAGUGGACCCAAUAACACUUGAAAUUGACAAAACUAUACCGAUUAUACAACUGUCGUCGCCGAAACGAGACAUUACCAAGCAAAUGGAUGCAUCCACACUGGAGAAACUUAAUAAGAAGCUCAGUCAAAUUGAAAGCGAUUCGGCGACCAGUUCAAGAACUGAAAGCAUGCAACAGCAGAAGCUCGAACAGAAACAAAUGGAGCUUAUCCAAAGUCUACGCAAGGAACUACAAGCCAAUGCGAGAAAGGCUAACAAGCCAAGGGUUAUACCCAAGACAAAGCCAUCGGGCAAGUCCAAGAAGGGGAAGACUCGCAUUACAUCCUUCUCAUCGGAUGAUGAGAGUCUGGACUCGGAUGAUGUCUUUGGCUCGGCGGAGGCCAUACCUGAUCGUUUGGAGUUCUCCCCACCGCAAUCUCGCAAAGAAAUUGAACCGAUUUUGCGAAUUGAGCAAAGUCGACUUAUAUCGGCUGCUUGGGGUCGAGGUCAGACCAUGAGUUCGACGGAAAUCGAAGGCUCUCCGCCGCAGUGUCGUCGACUGGCCGACCUGGAGAGUCGUUAUCACACACAGAAGCUGGAUCCACAAUAUGCGAAUGCCACGGAGCUUCGUCGUAUUUCGGAGCGCUCCAUAUCCAUACCAUCCUCGGAGGAUGAGCCUCAUUUGCCGAUGCGACGCAUGGACGAGUGCACCAAUGACUAUCAACGUAACGAGAACAUUCCAUCUCCCAUAUUUGAGCACGCUGAGUUCUUUCGCAGCAAUGACGACAUCUACGAGACAUGUCAUGAGGAGAAGAUAAGCGGAUCAGACAUUGAUUAUACACUGAAAAAGCAAACAGCCAAGUCAAAAGUCAAGCUAAUUGAGGAAAUCAUAGACUCUUCGAUAGUCAUGCGCUCAAAGGGUCAUGCACCAAUUCUCUUUGCUCAUGCCAGACUCAAUCUAUCGGAGGGAUCGGUUUCUCUACAACGUCAGCAAGCUACCCAGCAGUCACCCACCACGGAGCGGCGAACAAAGAGCCUGGACACUCCAGUUAUUUCACUACAUCGUUUGCCUCCCAUGAAUGCAUUCUCCUCGAAAGACGACACAGUGGGCUUUGAGGAGGAAGGGGAAAUUCUCGAAGAGAAGUCACUGGAGCGCACCAAUCAAACAGCACUACAGGAGGACGAUACAGCGGACAGUGUUCAUUCCUGUGCUGGUUCCAUUCCUACGCAAAGUAGCUAUAACACGAAUCGAAAGGAUUCGCUUUUGAGUGCUGUGACUAUUGACAGUGAGGAGGUUCAACUUCUAAACCAAUUGAAAUACAUUGAAAAGAUUGCAUUACAAGGCGUGAAGAUAAAGGACAAAAGAAAGUCGAAGAUGAAGCUCAAGAGCGGCGAUCAUUUAAUUUUGAAUAUACCAAAGUAUCGAUUCACCGAUUGGUCACCCUACAGCUCAGCGAAUAGCUCUCGGAAAACAUCACCAGGUGUGUCCAGGGCCAGCAGCAUCGAUAGCACCGGCAAGGGAAGACUAAAAACCUCAGAACCAUUUAAAGGUAAAUCACUCUCUCGUAGCCGUCCGGAGUCACGACGCACCAGCGCCGAUGACAUAAAAGCUGGCAAAGAUGGCAGAGGAAGCAAGAAAUCAAGUCCAAAGGAGCGUCCACGUUCCAUUGAAAUGCGUCGUUUGAGCAAGGAUAAGAGCAAGUCGCAGGAGGAAACUGAGGCAGACAUUGCCAAACGUAAGGAGAGGCAACAAAAGCUUUAUGAAUCGGCCAUGAAACAGACAAUCACAAUGCUAAGUCCGGUGAAGGAUACGCUGCCAGCUUUUCCCGCGCCCGAGGAUAAGAUAAUGGUGAAAACCGAUGGCGAUAAAAUAAUCAUUGAAACUGAAUUUAAAUCGAAAGCAGAGGAUCAUGUUUUAAUUGCAAAGGCACCUCGCAAGCUGGACACAUCAAUGGUGAAGUUCAGUCGCAGCUUUGACGAGGGUCGCAGCCCCGAUAAAUUGGACAAGGCAAGUCGCAGCUUUGAGGAUCGCAAUAAAUCCUUUGAAGACUCUGAGAAAUCAGAUGUGCCCGAAGAUAUUAUGAUUAAAUCGCCCAAAAAAAUAGCCAAGGCACAGGAAAUCAAGCAGAAAAUCGAGGGCAGCGUUGUCCACAAAAAGAUAGACGGAAAGUCCAGUAGCUUGGAAAAACCUGCCGAACAUCAUUAUCUUGGCCGGGAUGUAAAGGCUCGUAGCCUCGAUGAUAAGAAGCAGGCAACAGCCGAGGCUAAGAAGACCGAAGAAAAACCUGCGGCUAUUAUACGAAGUGCUAUUGGCGAUCGUCGCAUGUUUGCCCAUCAGUACAAUGUCCAUGAGGAUAUCGAUACGCAAGCAGUGAUAUCAGAGCGUCGUUCGCUUGAGAUACUAAAGCGUUCGCUGCCUUCAGAGGACACUCGCGAUAGUGAAUAUAAUCAGAGCCGUAAGGCCUCCACGGCCGAGAGUCUCGACUCGUUCAUCUCCGUAGAUGAAAGUCAUUCCCCGGCAAGCAAAUCUCCGGUACCUGCGGCAGAGGGAUAUCCCCAUCGUGUGCCCACCAUCGAGUGUGAGGAGCCUUCAAUUGAGGAGGACGACAUCUCAUCGGAGCGUCGACACCUUAAAGUUGGACGCCACGAUGUCAAUCGCUUGAGCUUAGAUCGCAGUCGGAGCGAUGAGACGGGCUCCUGGAUAACUGUCGAAUGCGAUGAGUUUAUUGGCUCUGACACAUCGGAUAAUGAACCACGCACUCUAGAGCCUGAUCGCAAUAUCCUGGAGACACAAGCCACUUUAGAGGAUGCCAUACCGCUGGAGUACUCCAACUGUGCCACGCCCACAUCCGAUCUAAACAUACUGGUAACUCCACCUAAUGCCAGUCCAAUGAUUGAAAAGUCUGUGCUCGAAACGUUUGAGAAAUAUACGUCGGACAGUAAGAAGAAGUACAGUUUGGAAAAGCAAAGUGAUAAAUCAAAAAGCUCGGAUUCCUGGACUAGCGGUGAGAAGGACAGUAGUCCGCAGCGUCAGCCGGAUUGGAGUUUGUCAGUGAGUAAGGAAAAGAGUUCCGUUGACGACGAGUCCAGUGUUAGUUGCUCUAUCGCACGUCCUCUAGGCAUAUCACAAGAUUUUGGUAACGAGGAGGCCAAAAAGUGUCUGGAAUUAAAACAGCGCAUGCUAAAGCUAGAUGUGGUAGUCAAAGAUGCCGAUGCUGAUGCGACGCCCACUGGAUCCAAUGAGCAGACGCCAACCAAUGAGCCGAAGAUCAUCAUAAAAAAACCAACAACUCCUACGCUGGAAAAACAAAGUCCCAUUGAUUUGGGCAACAGUACCGAAUCAUACCUGGAUCCCAUUGAGGAACGCAUUGCCAAAAUACUGCAAAGAGCCGAGGACAGUGAGUCCAGCUCUGGUGGAUCCCGAAAACCCCCGAGAAUCGAAAAACCAGCGCGUGCCAAUGCUGGCAAAAAACUGUCGGUAACCAAAACAGAGCCGGGGAAAUCAGGCAGCGAUCGCAGCUCGCAGGAAUCGAAAUCCAGCUUUGAUUCAAAAGGCUCACUAAGCGUUGAGUCUCGAGGAUCUUUUGAAACCGAGAGUAGUUCUGGAUCAUUGGGUGCGGCUCAACGACGUGGCGAAUUGGCGCAAAAAGAACAGCAAAGUACUUGGAAGGCUUUCCCCAUCGAAAGCUCAAACAGCUCCAGUACAGAUGAUCCCUGGCAUCAUGUUGAAACUGAUGGCGGAUAUGAGCGCUAUGACGCACAGAACCCGCUGCGAGAUUCCUCAGACAGUGACGUCAAGGAGGCUUCACCGGACGAGCAAAAGGAAAGCGAUACCAGCUAUCAGGAUGACCUCAAUGAUUUCCCCACGACCUUCGGCUAUCCGGCAAUGACCAGCACUCUGGGAGGGAUUGGGGUUAAUCCUACAGAUAUUAUUGGCUACAGUACAGGGUUCACGUUGGGUCGCACGCUUUCACGGAUCUCGGAACGUAGCACGGCGUCAGAAAAAUCGAGCAUGGAGGAUGAUGUAAGCAAAGCAUCGACACAUUCGGUAAGCAUGCGUGAUGAAUCCGUUGGAUCGACUGAUCAUCAACCCAGCCUCAGCUCUGAUUCUCGAAGCAACACAAAUCUGGCCUAUAUAUCAGAUGCAGAUCGUCGCACCUCGGCGGAGAUGCCCGAGAUACCCUGCGAUUCGGCAACUGCUGAUCGACUCUCUAGCAUUGGCAGUUUCAAUGAACCCAAAUCACCCACGUUGGUGACUGGGCGAUUUUCAGUAACACAUGUGGAUGAAGAGCAGCCGGAGGACUUGGAACGUCACACGCUCAUGUGCUUAUCAAAUGCGGGCAGUCAGGACUCUGAGGAUUGGCCGCUGCCAGAGAUACCCUUUGAUCAUGUGCCCGUGAAACCGCCAGAGACAAUGUAUGCCAUGCCAGAUUUGGAUAAGCCGGUGCCCAAAUCAUUCUGCUGGAAAGCCAGCUUGUCAUUCCAACAAUCCCAAGACUCGGUGGAUUGGCCAUCACCACCAUCCAGCACCAUUGACGCCCCUAUUGUGGUGGAGAGCAUUGAAACCUAUUAUGCCAGCGAGGUGCAAAGCGCUGACAAGGUUCUGCUGGAUGAUGAAGCAAAUGUAGCCGGUCCCCCUGAUGUGGCCAAAGUGUUGCCAUAUGAGGACACCGCUUACCUCAUGUCGGCUGCCUUCGAGGACAAAGAUUUUGGCAGUGAGCAAUUACCAUUGGACACGGUAAGCUGUCUGAGCUCCACACUUAGUGCUGCAUCCUGCCUGUCGUCCUCGUUCAAUGUCAGCUGCAGUACGUCCUCUACACAACCAACGGCUAGAGCUGGCGCAGGUCUGCGUAAGAGCUCCAGUCCGGAAGUGAUUGUAGCACAACCAACACGCUCCCCGGCACCGCGUAGUCCAAUCUCCGAGGAUGAGCUCUUUUCCAGUGAUGACGUGUUCAUGCCGGGCACCAUUAAGGUGCAAUUGUCACCGGAUGGACAGUUAAGGAAACUUUCGCGUGGUUCCAACAACUCCGACACGUCCAUAGAUGACAUCCUUUCGGGAAGCACCUCGGCAUACCUCGACGAUCAGACGACAGUGCGUCGCAAUUAUGAGGCACGUUUGAGCAGUGGUGGCAGCUGCAAGAAAUGCAGCCACUCUAGCCAUUCCGAAGAGGAGACCAGCUCGAUUGGUACUGAUCUGGAUGGAACCGUUCGUAUGGGAUUGCAACAAAAGAAAUGCACGCACAGCUCUCACUCGGAGGAUACAUCGAUUGGACUAAGCAUCUCGGAGUGGUCGACAGGAACCAACACAGUGCGACAGUAUGCCAAUCUCUCCGGCUCCGACAGUCUAUCCGCCGUCUCAACACACUCUUGUGCCAAGAGCGAAAAAUCUAAUCAAACCAAAUCCAGCAUUAGUUCCAUUAACAAGUCCGCUGAGAGUCUUAACGAGCAAAGCGGCAGCUACUCCCACAAGUUUAGUGGAGAUAAUGGAUCCUCCGACGGUCUGCGCUAUGACAUGUUAUCCAACUCAGAGACAGACAAGCUGAGUGAGCCAACUUCGGCCACCCGCAGCGAUGACACUACACUCACCCUCACCGAAAUGGCACAGACAAUCAGCGAAUGGUCAACAUCAAGCAGUCUCACCCUUGUGGGCGUCGUGCCCGGCGAGUAUCUGCCGCUGAAGCAAGCCCGUGUGGGUUCCAAGCCCAGUCUGAGCUCGCCCAGCGAGGAAAAACGUUGCUCCUUACCCCAGGUCCAUCGACGCAGCGGCAGCAAUGGCAACCAAGCACGAUCCAGUCAAGAUCACACAGAACAACCCAACGCUGUCCCAGAGACAAGUGCAGCGGCCCGAAAGCGUCGAUCGCUCGAAAUGAUGUCCAAGUUGUAUCAAAGCCAAGAAAUCUGUUCCGAGUCGGAGUCUCCUUUCGUCGAACGCUUGUAUGCGCACAGCGACAAGCUGACGGAACGUUACCAGAGCCAGGAGUUUGUGCCGUUGCAUACAACUACCCAAAGCAGCACCGCCACAACAACCACUGUAACACAGAUACAAACACAGCAAUCACAGCAAACGCGUCAGAAACCACGAGCUCCACAACCGCCAGCAAAGCCAAAGUCAGCGGUGACCAGACCCAUCAUGCAGGCCCUGCUUAACAAGAUGAAACAGCCUGGCCUGGCGGAGCAGGCAGCCGCCGCCGCUGAAGCUGAAGAAGCCGCCACAAUAGCAUCAGCAGCAGUAGCAGCAGCUGGAGCUGCCCAAAUUCAAUCUCAAUCCCAGCGAGCAACUCAAGCAGUUGUCAAGCCUGUGCCACCGCCAGUGCCCAGUGUGCCACCGAUUGUGACGCCCAGCGAUUUGCCGGGAAAUGUAGGUGCACCACCGGCGAAACCGCUGGCCAAGCACCACAGUUACGAUGACAAGACGCUGUCCAAGACGCAGAUACGUGAGUUCAAAACAACCAGCAAACAGUUGCGUCAGUCGAGCUCCUUUCACGAGCAUAUGCUGAGCAAGUCGCAGCAGAGCAGUCAGGAGUUGCCCAUGAGAAUUGACGAGGAGCGGGAUGCACACUCCACGUCAUCGGCCACAAAUACGACUACCACAACGAACACACACAACAGUGAGAGCACUGAGCCCAAUUCGCCUCAGAUGCCCCAGCGGGCUGACAAAUUGAUACGCUGCUCCCCGUAUUACUCGAGCAGUCUCAGCUCCGAGUCGCCGCCGAAUCAGCUGAUUCAAAAGCCACCGCGUAAGGGAGCUUCCACAGCAACAGUUGGAGCUGCUCAGUUGUCGGCCGCUGCUGUGGCCACCGCCUUGAAGAGUCCACCCAGUGGCAAUGAUACGGACAGUUCCCUGGAUGUGCGUGGUCAGGAUGUGAAACAGCUGAGAAGUCGGGGCUAUCGCAAAAAGCGUCAGCUUCCUGUGAAACGCAUGAGAGCUAAUCUAAAUGCUGCUGCUCUGCUGGAGCAGGCGGAGAGUAGCGAAUGCUCUGAGGGUUAUGUGCCUGAGAUGGACUCGGGCAGCUCGGAGUACUCCUAUCAGCGCGACGAGCAAUACUUGGAGUUUGACGAGGAACUGGAGCGCGAGCAAACCGAUGAGUAUGACGAUUAUCCGCAGUACAGCGGCGCCAGCAAGUUCGAGAGUCUUGACAUGAGCGAUAACGUGGAUGAGAUGGGUUUCCCACGCUACGAUCGUCUGGGUCACAUUACCAAGCCCAUGUAUCAACCAGUGGCGGACAGGCCGGCACCUGCCAAUCAUCCCAUGCCCCCAGCCAGCGGUCAACCUGUAAAGCCCGUGCGCACAAAGAAGCGCCAGUUGAAGCGUGAAGACUCACAGGUGGCCAGCACAUCUGGUGGCAUUGCUCAGCAACCUCAGCCGUAUCAUGGACGUAGCUACUGCAAUCCCGAGGAGAGCGAGUAUGAAUCACGUGGUGGUGGACUAUCCGAUGAGCUGGCCAAUUCUAGCGAAGACAGCGGUGCCGGUGGUGCUGGUGGCAUGGGAACCAUUCGACGAAUCACCAGUCGAACUGUGCACCCAGUUGAGGCACCUCGACAGCAGCUGCCCUAUCCGGACUUUCUUUCAGACUACGAGUCGGAGCCCAUUGAAUAUGAACGUUAUGCAUGCGGCUUGGAUAUACGAGUUGAUCCGCCGCCCAAAUUCCAUGAUUCGGAUGACCUGAGUGACCAUUAAAUUGCGUAGCAUGAUAAAUAGGGAGCAGCAGCAGCAGCGUCAGCAGCAUUUUCCAUUUCUUCAGUUGCCUUGGAACAUUUUUAGAACAAAUCUAUGACUUUUUACACACGAUCCAAGUAUAACCAACUUAUUUAUAAUUGAGACUGAUUUACGACAAACCAAAAAAAAAAAUUAAAAUACAAACAAGAAUAUCGUACAAUCCAAAACUAUCAAUGCGAAAAAACAAAAAAAUACUAAAUGCUGCUAUAGAAAAGAUCGAUAAAGAAUAUAUUGAAUCAUAUAAACACGCAUAUAACAACUGGAAAAUGCGAUCAAAAAUCAAACUUACUAACAUUUUAAUCAAAUAUAUAAACUUAAAUAUUAUAAUCAAGCUGUCAGUGGAAAGGGAGAGGGAGUUGAAGAUGAAGAAGAAGUAGAAGAAUGAGUUGGUGUUGAAUUUGGAUUAUCGAACUUCUAUAGAGUAUAUAUAAUGUUAUAGAAGAGCCAAAAAA